AUCAUGUCAAACUAAUCAGCACAAAAAACCCCCUACUAAUCAGUCUGAUAACACUGAUGACUCAUAAUUCGCAAUUGUAGAAAAAUAAGUUGUUUUGUUAAAGUAUACUCUAACAUUCACAUUGUUUUUCAUAAAUUCUAGGUGUUAUUAAAUCUAGUCCCGUACAAUGUCUUUAUUUCGUAGUGGAAAUUUUGAUAAACUACUUGAGAAAGCUACAAGUCAUUUGUUGAUGGAGCCAGAUUGGGAUUCAAUUCUACAAAUAUGUGAUACAAUCCGACAGAAUGAUGUUCAGCUUCAUAUUUCAGGAACUGUUGUUCACGAGGAACUCACUACCAAACUGUUUUGCGAAUUCUUACAUGAUUUAUCGAAGACAACUCCACAUGAAAAUGUUCGAACAAAACUGUUAGAACUCAUUCAGGCAUGGAAUUUUGCUUUCAGAAAAAAUCCCAAACAUGGUGCUCUCAAGGACUUGAUGAACACAAUGAAAUUCGAAGGAUACAAAUUUCCAGUUUUGAGGGAAACAGAUGCCAUGUUUUCAGCUGACACUGCUCCAGAAUGGACUGACGGUGAUGUUUGCCAUCGGUGUAGGGUGCCAUUUACUUUGAUGCAAAGGAAGCAUCAUUGCCGGGCAUGUGGUCAGGUUUUUUGUGGACAGUGUACAACAAAAACAUCUACUUUACCUAAGUAUGGAAUCGAGAAAGAGGUUAGAGUCUGCGACUCUUGUUAUGAAGAAACUCUGAAACCUUCAGCAGCUUCAAAAGCUGCAUUAUUGAAAACAGAAUCAGAAUUGCCAGCAGAAUAUUUGAAGAGUUCUUUGGCUCAGCAAAAUCAGGAGCCUCCUAAAAAAAAUGAAGAUGAACUACGCGAAGAAGAAGAACUGCAGUUAGCUUUAGCGUUGAGCCAGUCAGAAGCAGAAGCGAAAGAAAAAGAAAAAUUCAAAGUAACUAGUUCCAUACCGUAUACUACCAAAGUUGAGCCCGCUCCUUUUGUACGUCCAUCGACACCUACAGAAGAACAAACCAACCCAGAGUUGGCAAGGUACCUAAAUCGAUCCUACUGGGAGAAAGUACAAACAAGUGAACAAACUGAUACAGUGUCGUCUAGUCCUUCUGCUCCAGCUACAGCCACAGCUCCAUUGCAAAAUACUGAACCGAAAUUCAAAGUAAAAGAAAACGGAAUACCUGACAACGAUCUGGAAGAAUUUAUAAAGACUUUGAGAGGACACGUGGAAAUAUUCAUCAAUAGGAUGAAGAGUAAUUCAAGCAGAGGAAGGUCUAUCGCAAAUGAUACAAGUGUCCAGACCCUUUUCAUGAAUAUCACAGCCAUGCAUUCAAGGCUAUUGCACUACAUUCAAGAACAUGAUGACAAUCGCAUCCACUAUGAAUGCCUCCAAGACAAACUCACACAAGUUAAGGAUGCCAGAGCUGCACUAGAUGCCCUACGUGAAGAACAUAAUGAAAAACUUCGCCGGGAAGCCGAAGAAGCCGAACGUCAGCGACAACUUCAAAUGGCGCACAAACUAGAUGUUAUGCGUAAGAAGAAACAAGAAUAUUUGCAAUAUCAGAGGCAGUUGGCUCUGCAGCGCAUACAGGAACAGGAACGGGAAAUGCAGAUGAGACAAGAACAGCAAAAACAGCAGUACAUGAUUCCUCAGUACGGAUAUAUGGGUUCUCCAGUUCACGCAUCACCUUUUCCACCAAACACCGCACCAUCUGCUGGUUCAUACAAUACAUACCCAUUUCCGCAGCAUAUGAUCCCACCCCAUAGUGCUCCAUCACAAAUGGGACAUCCAAACGGACCACCACAUGGUUCCUUACCUCCUCAGUCAUUACAUAACCCCACUCUCGGACACCAUCCAGGUUUUCCACAAAGUGCAACACAACCUUCAGCAGCUCCUAAUAACCCGGCAGCUAUUCCACAAUCCCAGUUUGCUCCUCAUGGAAUUCCUCAGCAGCAUAUGAUGGUUCCAGGUAUCUCAAUGGGCAAUCAAGCUGGUGUCGGGCAAAAUCAGGGACCUAUAGGACAAGGUUCUACCCCACAGAAUCAAGGAUUGCCACAGCAAGGUCAGCUGCCUCCACAAAGCCAAAUGCAUCCACAAGGUCAAAUGCCUCCUUUGGGCCAAAUUACACAGCAAAACCAGAUGCCCCAACCUGGUCAAAUGCCCCAACAUCAAAUACCACAGCAAGGCCAAAUACCUCAACAAGGUCCAAUGCCACAACCAGGUCAAAUGCCCCAACCAGGUCAAAUGCCUCCGCAUUUUCAACAGGCUGGGGCUCCCCCUGCUAGUCCCCAAAGAAAACAAAAUGGAGAAGCUCAAACGGCUGAACUCAUUAGUUUUGAUUGAAUAGAGGUGAAACAAGUGAUUUUUAUGUUGGUACUUCUCCUGUAUGAGAUAGAUACAUCUUUAAUUCUUACAGGGUGUUGGAAAAAAGAUGCUGAUUAAGAUGGAUGAUUUUACUUGAACGACCAAUAGAUUAUGAGUUCCAGUUUUUUUUUGAGUCCUUUUUCGAUACGCAUUUUUAUUGAGUUCUAGUUAUUUUUGAAGACGAUUCUUAAAAUCAUUGAUGUGGAAAAAUUUCACAAGUGAAAAUACCCUGUAUUGAAUAUUAUGAAAUAUUACUGAAUAUUUACUCCACUGUCCAAUUGCAAACUUCCUUGUUUGAGAAAACAUGAUAAUAUUUUUGUCCAAAAUUAAGAUUUAAGUUUCCCGAUUUUGUAUAAAUCUCCACAAAACGUUUUCUAUUGAAUAUAUUUGUGAUAGUAAUGGAAAUAGAUACAUGUAUAAACAAUAUAAAUAUGAUUGAAAAUUAUUCAGUAGAUUUUAAUCAGAUGGACUUGAAUGUAUAGCAUGAAACUAUUUUUAUUAUAUCGUUUUGUGUGUUACAGAUAUAUUUUUAUUUCCUGUUGCUUAAAAUUUAUAUUAGUUCAUUGAAUAUUAUGAGCUUAUGUAUUCAAAUAAAUAUUAUUU